AUGAGACCUCAUUAUAUCGCCAUCACCGCCAGCUGCUUCUCUGCGCUUGCAAAACUCAAGCACUUCAAAGACUGCAUACCUAGUGAUCCAAGGCUACUUCUCGUAAAAUCACUUGUUUUUCCACGACUCGAGUACUGUGAAGCGUUGCUUUACGGACUUUCAGCCGAGAUGACGACUAAAUUGGGACAAUGCAAAAAUGCCGCUCUCCGUUUUGUCGAGAACAUGCACAAAUCCGAACAUAUCCCACCUGUAUACCGUAAACAUGACAUCCGGUCUUUCUGCAGCAGGGUCCUCUACUGCAUGCUUAGUUCGUUCGCCUGUGUCCUCAAGGCUGGAGUUCCUACGUACCUUGCGAAUAGGUUCGCAUUUAAAACUACGCUGUCAGAUUCAGUCUGUUCCAGAAGAUCAAAUAUCAACGAACUCUUCAUACCUAAAGCCUCUCUGGAUAUGUUCAAAACUUUAUUUAUCGUUGCAGCGGACAGGAAAUGGAACAGGUUGCCCGUCGGCCUCCGUAUGAGUUUCUCUGAACUCAGCUUUAAACAGAAACUUUGGACUUUAUUGUCUCACGCGAUAGCCGGCUACACGACCCUUGGUCUGUAG